AUGAUCGGAAGCCCAACGUUCUGUCGCUUGCUGAUAAGGAAAACUUACGACUUAGCUCUCCGUUUGACCAAAAUAGGAACCUCGCCACUACCACUUCUCCUCAACCGCGCGCAUGCCCGGAACGCAUUGGGACACUUCGACGAAGCAUUGCUGGAUGCGAAAAUCAUUAUCAAGAACGAGCCAGACAAUGAAAAGGCACUUUUUCGUUCCGCUCGAGCACUUUACGGACUGCGACGGUACGACGAGGCGUACGCUACAGUCACUAAAGUUGUCACCCUUAAUCCUUCCAGCGCUGCAGCAAAGCAAGACCUCAAACGAUGUGAACAGCGCUUGAAAGAGCAAAAGGGCGAUUAUGAUUAUGGCUCUAUGCUGAGGGAGGCGAAUGAAAAGAAUCCAAAGGCGGAUAUGGACCGUGCAUCUUUUCUCGGCCCAGUCGAGGUCCGCCAAUGCGCCGUGAAGGAGCACGGACGAGGCCUGUUCGCCACGCGAGACGUACAAGCUGGUGAGGAGUUGCUGAUAGAAAAGGCUUUUAUGGCUGCUUUUCCAGUUCCAGACAAGGGUACGUUCAAGGACGAUUUCUCGUACGGAGAAGACGGCACCAUGAGACUUGGGGAAGGGUUCUGGACACUUAAAGAAAACAUCGCGGAGAACCUCUUGUCGCGGCUUGACAACAAUCCGUCCUUGAUGAAGGAAUUUGCUUCACUCUAUCCGGGACCCAAUGCGAAGGAGGAGGUGGACCCGAAAUUGGGUCAUCCGGAGUUGACGCUUGACAUGAUCAACUUUCGCAUCAUGUACAACAGCUUUGCAUUCCCAGUUUUCUCCCAUCUAAUGCAUAAGCUCGUGGCACGCGCGCAUGAUGAUCAGCGCAGGAAGACUCCAGCACAUUGCAUGGGUGUUUGGAUAAACGCCAGCUUCGUCAACCACAGCUGCUAUCCCAACGUCAGACGUUCUUUCCUCGGCGAUAUGAUGAUCUUCCGCGCAAGGCAAGACAUACCAGCAAACACUGAGCUGUUCAUAGAAUACGCCGGUAGCUGUGAUGAUGAGAAGGACCGAGAAAACGGCCUAGAGAAAUACGGUUUCCAAUGUCAGUGUUCGAUCUGCAAAAGCCAGCGGAACACCUCAGCUGAGAGCCUUAAGAAGAGGAAACAGAUCAAGCAGAAAUUAGUGGACAGUUUUGAGAAUAUGGCCGGGACAGAUCUGGAGCAAUGCUUUCGUUUGCUUGGCGAAUUGGACGAUACUUAUGAGCAUCCGGCCAGCCAAGAGCCACGAACCGCAUUCGUUGUGCCUUGUAUGGACCUUAUUUACGCCUGCGUACACGGAGAAAUGUGGUAUCCGGUCGUCAAGCUCGGGUUGAUCAUGCUAACAGCUCUGGGUUUCAGCAUCAACGUGACCGCCAAAAAAUUUGAGAUCACCAAAUGGGGCUUCGGAAUCGAUGAGGUGGUCGCUUGCCUUGCAGAUAUGUGGACAGCUUUCGGCAGAGUCGAGCCUGGCAUUGUUGAUGAUGUGGAGAAUUGUGUCAGGAAAGCUUAUAGAAUGAUGGCGGGCGAGGAGGUUAGCUUUGCUCAAGCAUAUGGCAUGUGUCAGCCUGAGAUUCCAAAGCCCGAGGACCCUGACAUGGAGACACUAGUGGCUAGGCUGAAUAUGGGACUACCAACCCCACGUAGCGGGAUAAAGGGGCAAUGCCUAGAGUAG